GGUGCUGGGUGCCGGUGUGGAGGUGCCGUAAGCUGGCUGCGUAGAUCUUGUUCGAGCCAGUCCCAUGUCAACAGGUUGUGGGAUUCUGCCUAGCUAUCUGGGUCUAUGCUGGUGUAAUUGCUUGGAUGGCUUCACUCAGGCCGAUAUCACGUUUAGAAAAACCAAAAGUCUCUUGUUCUGUUCUUCAGGUGGCUAGUCCAGAGUCAGCUAGCUCAUCUACGCGCUCCACCCAUGCCUUUUCAGCUUUUGGCCAAAGUGGAAUCAUCUCACAUGGCUGUGAAGCUGGCAGUCUGUGAAGCUGGCAGCAGGGAACACACACAGUCUGUCCCACCGGGUGGGAGCUCCGCGCAUCGCGAUUUCGCCGCGGCCACCCGAGGUCCUGGGGUCCUGCCCACCCACGCUGGACUGGCUCUGAUGAGUCCAAGGCACUCGGUGCGUCCACGGCACCUGGUGAGGGCACGGAGAACGGCGCCGUGUGCCGCGGCCGUGGCGCAAGGUCUGCGGACCGUGUCAUCCUUUUCCACCACGAGGAGAAAGGUCGGACGGUCUGCGGGUCUGACUUGUGACUGCAUAGAUGACCAAGCGCUUCUGGGUGGGAAUCAUCCGACUUGAGUUGGAGGGAAUGUCACUGCGAAGCUUAGCUCCAGCAGGAUGGAAGAGUACACUUGGUGACUUUUGUCGAACAACGGGAGCACCAUGGUGCUUCCUUGGCCGUGGACGUCGUGCGCCAAUAUAUUCACUGGGUCCUUUUCCAUGACGUCCAGUUCUUUCAUUCCACAGACCACAGGGUCUCACUAAGUCUCAGCGCGUGUGCUGCAUGUGCACCGACCCUAGGCAGAGGGUCGUAACGACCUUGGAAGCUGAGACAGAUUCCUUGUUGGUGCAGAUAGAGGACAUUCUGGCUUAACAAACACCUCCAAGCCCUCUGACAAUGCGAAGAGCAGAUGAAGCCUUACCUGGAACUCUCUCAAGUCAAUCACGCUCCGUCCAUCAGCUUCACAUAUAUAACUCAUGAAGCGGUUUUGGCGUGCAGGUAGCGGAGGUUCGAAGACGUUUGUGAGAGUCCCAGUUCAAAAGCAUCCCUGGAAAAGGUACAAAGCUGCGAUAUAGAGCCAGAUGAUGCUAGGGACACACAGCUCCUGACAAAUACUCAUCAGUUUGGGCAUUGAUGCGCCCGACUUUCAAGGGAGCAGGCCUUUACAUGAGAGCCGCCUCGAGAUGCUUUUGAUCAGAUGCUCCUCCUUUAGAUCUCAGCGGAGGAUGUGCCGGUGCGUGAACCAGGACACAUUUGCAGCCGAAAGCGUCAAGUCCUGACCGUUGGCUGUCCAUCUCGCAUGCGCACUUUCCAUGUUCAGGAUAUGCAGUGACAACCUGAAAGAGCAGACGUAGAAGCCGUGCUAGUGCAGGCCUUUACGAAUGCCACGGUGACGCAAGGUUUUGACAGUGGCGAACUUCACCAUGCGCGUUUGCCCGCUUGAUCCUGACGUCCAGAUUAAAUGCAGGUCUUUUGUAGUGUCCAGAUAAACCUCUCACCAGGCAGAUCUUUCGUAGCGGGCAUUCGUUGAUCGUUCUGGCUACGUGCGCUCACAAAGCUGCUCUGCUCGGGUGACACUGACCCACCUUGGAUCCACCGAACCGCGCUAGGCGCGAAACGACCGAACCGCGCAGAGCCGACGCGAAGCCGCGCCUUUCGCGCUCUUCAGAAGUCGACGUAGAAGGCCGCGAGAAGAUGGUGCCUUGGUCCGAAAACAACGACACACCCUGCUGAACCGCCAAGAGGUUUGAAUUUUUACCAUCCUGAAAUGGGCUUCUCCGACACUCUCAGGAUCACCUUGGAGGCAACAGUAUUGAACGCAAGCAGAUGGCAGUGGGUGCCCAGGUGCCUUCCAGUUCAGCGAUUCCACCAGUUCGCAAAGGAAGAUUUCAAUCUUGCUAUCAACAGAGAAGUUUUCAAUCUUGCAAACCGUACAUUCUACCAGAAAGUUUCCCAUAAGCCCUGGACAUCGAUUUCCAGCUCGAACAGCUGCGCGUUGCGCGCAAACUGCAACACAGUUGGAUUAAGCUUUGGCCUGUGGCCAGUUGGAUCGAUCUUUGCACGGCUCCGACUCGACCCCCGUGCUCCGACUCGUCGG